AUGAAACAUUCAGGAUCUGUUACAUUUAGAAUGCAUGAAUCUCAUCUGAUGGACUCAGCCUUAGAUUCUACAACUGCAAGAUUACCUAAUUCCUUAUGUGAAGAUUCAAUUGCCUUUAUUUUAAUGGCCUAAAGUGCCAAAGAUCAUAUUAGAAUUAUCAGAGUAUAAUUCAAUUAUUUAAAUAGAGGAAAUUAUUCAAUCUACAAAAGAAAUCAGAAAUAGACUACACCAAAAUAUUCAAGAUAUGAAAUUAACUCUCAACAAUCUUGAACAUAUACAAUAACGAGACAUUCUUAAUACUGAAUAUGAAAUGACUCUCAAUGUUAAUAAAUUGAAAUCUGUAAACUUUAUUAAUAUUUUCAAAAGAACUUAUUUCAGCUUAUCCAAGAUUAGAGAGACUAGAACAAUCAAUUUAACCAAUAAAUACUCUCAUUACAAUAAGAUUGUGAUGAUAUUGAAUAUCAAAGCAAUAAGAUGGAUUCAAAAUUAUUAUACAUGUCUAAUAAAACAGGACAAUAUUAAUAUCUUGAUUAUGAUAACUAUAUUCAAUGA